CCUACAAAACGUGGAAGUUCUGUAGUCUCGUGGAGUCCUUCAUCAACACAUCGAAAUCUUGAAUAUCCUCCCCCAAUUUAGGCCAUCUGGGUCUUUAAUUAUCAUUAUUCCUUCCAUUUUUAGGUUUUGUUUCGUUUAAGCCAUUUCAUUCUCAUUUUUGCGCCGAAAGAGAACAUUGUAGGGACUUUUUGCCGACUCAGUUAUUUUCUGCAAACAGGCUGGAUACCUUGUGAACAGUUAACGGUUCAUUCACGAGAAACGAGAAAUAACAAUGGAAACUCCACCAAACCAAACGAUCUACAUAAACAACCUCAACGAGAAGGUUAAGAAGGAUGAAUUGAAGAAGUCACUGUAUGCCAUAUUUUCACAGUUUGGUCCAAUUUUAGACAUUGUAGCACUGAAAACUCUCAAAAUGAGAGGUCAGGCGUUUGUAGUGUUUAGAGACUUGCCGAGCGCCACCAAUGCACUGCGCUCCAUGCAAGGGUUCCCAUUUUAUGACAAACCUAUGAGAAUACAAUAUGCCAAGAGCAAGUCUGAUGCAGUAGCCAAAAAAGAUGGAACGUUUGUUCAGAGGGAGAAAAAACCCAGAGAGAAGAGAAAGGCUCCAGAACAAGCUAAGCCUGCCAAGCGACAGCCAGCAGCCCAAGCUACCUCAACAGCUGUGGUUCAGCCUUUAGUUGCCCCAGUUGCAGCAAAUGUCAUCCCAACUCCAGUGCAGGCUGCGGUGGCAGCACCAGAACAGCCCAACAGUAUUUUGUUCUUGACAAACCUGCCCAUGGAGACUACAGAGAUGAUGUUGUCAAUGUUGUUCAACCAGUUUCCAGGAUUCAAAGAGGUUCGUUUGGUGCCAGGACGCUCAGAUAUCGCUUUUGUGGAGUUCGAAAAUGAAGUGCAAUCUGGAACUGCCAAAGAUGCUUUGCAGGGAUUCCGAAUCACUCCAUCGAAUGCCAUGAGAAUUACCUAUGCCAAGAAGUGAUUGGCAUAAAACUCAGUUCUUUUUACAUUUUCCAGGAGAAUGCUAUUGUAUACAGCCUUUUACUGUUCGAAUUUUGUUGCAAACAGUAAGCUUGGCAUUCAUUUACCAUUUUGUCUUACAUUUAGGAGAUGUUGUGUGGUUACUUUUAACUAACCAUAGUUGAAGUUGGUGGUGAGAACUUCCAAUUCCUGAAAUGCAGUUUUACUCCUGACGUUUUUUAUAAUUAGUAAAGAUCAAUUUUUUAGCAGCAUUGCACUCUGCUGCCAUUUAUAGACUUUAAGGUGCAGCAUUGCAUGCAUUUCUGCAUUUUACUUUCUGUUCUUGUUCAGAUUGCAGCAUCGCACAUUGCUGCUCUGUGUUAUGAAUUUGUAGAAUUGAAAGCAUUUUGUAUUACUUUUCUGUGGACUUACCCAUUUUUUUCUUUUUAAAGUAGCAUUUAGCAUUCUCUUAUUUUAGAUUGCAGCGUUGCACAAGGCUGUGAUACGUAUACUUAAUGCUAAAUAUUGGUACCCGAUGAUGGUAAAUUGAGCUGAUACACUGUAAGCAUUGCACAUUAGCUGAAGUGACAGAACAUGACAAGUUGUCCUAGCAUUGCACAUGGCUGGGGCCAGUCAGUGAUACUACACUACUAUAACCCAUCUAGACCUUGAAGAAGCAAUCCCAAAAGUAAUCAAUGCUUGCUUUAGGUAGAAACUUGUACCUAUUAAAAACACUGUUCUUGGCAAGCCUUUA